AGGUUGGAAUACAAUUGAAAUCAAUCAUUUUAACCUAAAUCAUUUCUCACUUGGUUUCACUGGUAACUAUGUUUCUCGCGCGCGCGCUUUAGAAUCAGAUGGAGGAAAAUGAAGGGAAAAAUUAAUUGAUGGUAUUAUUUGGAAUCCCAGAUCCAAAUAAUUCUUCCUCAAUUUUUCUUCCUCCUGUUUCCAAGUUUCAACGAAGCUGAUUCAGUCCAUUUCUCCUACCGAAUCAAUCUCUUGAACAGGUUGUCGCUUGGCGAUUUCCGGAUCGAAUUUGCGGUGAACGUUUUCUUUCUCCCUGUCCUUUUGUCAAUUUUGAUUCCGCGAUUAAGAUCGUAACCCAAUUCGUCUAUUCUGUAAUUUUCAUUUCUUUUUCUGGGUUUCAUUCAACUGGAAGAAUCUUUUUGUGUUUGAUUUGGCUACAUACUGUCGAUCUUAUUAAUUUAGUUAUGAUAUUGUUCUUCCCGAACCAACCGUAAUUGAGACUUCUCUGUAUUCUUCUCGAACUUGUAGCUCUCCGUUAUGGACAAUUACGGUUCUUCCCCUUCAUAUCCAUACCACCAUCCAUAUGCAUACCCUCGUCCAGUUCCUCCUCAAUACCCACCGCCUCCUCAAUAUCCACCUCCUCCUCAACAUCCACCUCCUCCUCAUUAUACGCAUCCAAAUUCAGAUCCAUAUGCUCGUCCUCCGUACCCUUACCCGUAUGAUCCUUCACAUGCCUCUGUAUUUGCAUAUCCCCCACCCCCAUCUCAUUCUGGCCAAGUAGAGUAUUUUCAACAUCCACCUCCACAUUCUGGGCCUGUACCUUCCCCAUAUUCUUACGGUGAUGCCUCUUAUACUAAUGAUAGUGCCAGGCCAUCCAUUCAAUAUCAUAACAAUUUCCAACCUGGUACAUCCCCAUAUCGGUAUGAAGAAUCUAGUACAUACCCUCCCCCAGAAACUCAAUACCCACCACCCCCUUCGCGAGUAAAUAACUCCUCUGGCCACUAUGAUAGCACUGAUUCGGUAUCGCCUGGCUCUUCUGCAUACCCGCCUUUGGAUGACCCUUUGUGUAAUGUACAUUUGUCUGAUCAUCAACCAACUGCUCCUGCAUCACCUCCUGCACCUGCGCAGCCUUCAGUUUCAUUAUUGUCGCAUUCACCUCAAAUUUCAAGAUAUGAUCGAUUCACCUCAAAUUACAAGAAUGAAGAACCUGGUACAUACCCUCCCCCAGAAAGUCAAUACCCACCACCCCCUUCACGAGCAAAUAGCUUCUCUGGCCACUAUAAUGGCACUGAUUCCUCAUCACCUGUCUCUUAUGCAUACCCGCCUCUGGAUGACCUUUUGGGUAAUGUACAUUUGUCUGAUCAUCAACCUACUUCUCCUGCAUCACCUUCUGCGCUUGCACAGCCUUCAGUUUCAUUAUUGUCGCAUUCACCUCAAGUUAUAAGAUAUGAUCGGCGCGACCGAUUUUAUGGCUUUCCUAAUUCAUCAUUUUCUAGUUUCGAUACGGGGAAUUCAUAUCAAAUGGCUUCAUCCAACCAACCUUCAUUUUCCCAUUCAAGCUCAUUCGGUGGGUCUCAACAUAGUCAGAACUUGCAGAUUGUUCCAUUGCACAGUAAAGCAUCAUUGAAGGUUUUGCUGUUGCAUGGAAACUUAGAAAUAUGGGUUAAUGAGGCCAAAAAUCUUCCAAAUAUGGACAUGUUUCACAAGACCUUGGGGGAUAUGUUUGCAAAAUUACCUGGGAAUAUGAGCAACAAAGUUGAAGGACAUGUGAGUCAUAAGAUCACUAGUGAUCCUUACGUUUCGAUCUAUGUAGCAAAUGCAGUAAUUGGGAGGACUUUUGUUAUAAGCAACAAUGAAAAUCCUGAAUGGAGGCAGCAUUUCUAUGUUCCCGUUGCACAUUAUGCUGCUGAAGUAGUUUUUGUCGUUAAAGACAGUGAUGUUGUUGGUUCGCAGCUAAUAGGAACUGUAACAAUUCCUGCAGAACAAAUAUAUGCAGGGUCUGUAGUUGAGGGAACCUUCCCAAUCCUACUUGGUGGGAAGCCAUGUAAGCCUGGAGCUUCUCUAACUAUUUCUAUUCAAUAUACCCCAAUGGAGAGGCUUAGCACUUAUCAUCAUGGAGUGGGAGCUGGCCCUGAUUACCAGGGGGUUCCUGAUACAUAUUUCCCCCUCCGAAAGGGUGGAGCUGUCACUCUGUACCAAGAUGCCCAUGUUCCAGAUGGACACCUUCCAAAUUUGAUGCUUGAUAAUGGUAUGUACUAUGUACAUGGGAAGUGUUGGCAUGACAUCUUUGAUGCUGUACGUCAGGCUCGCAGGUUAAUUUAUAUAACUGGGUGGUCGGUGUGGCACAAAGUGAAACUAGUUCGAGAUACUGGCUAUGGGACAGAGUGUACCCUUGGAGAUCUCCUGAGGUCAAAGUCCCAGGAGGGAGUGAGAGUUUUGCUUCUUGUUUGGGACGAUCCCACUUCUAGGAGCAUUUUGGGGUAUAAAACUGAUGGUUUCAUGCAAACCCAUGAUGAGGAAACUCGCCGAUUUUUCAAACAAUCCUCUGUACAAGUGAUACUUUGUCCUCGGAUGGCUGGAAAACGACAUAGCUGGGUUAAGCAAAAGGAAGUUGGAACUAUCUAUACACACCAUCAGAAAACAGUUAUUGUGGAUGCUGAUGCUGGAAAUAAUAGAAGAAAAAUCAUAGCUUUUGUUGGAGGGCUCGAUUUAUGUGACGGGCGGUAUGAUAAUCCAUCACAUCCCAUAUUUCGGACACUUCAAACAGUACACAAGGAUGAUUACCACAAUCCUACAUACACGGGUAGUACUGUUGGUUGUCCAAGAGAACCGUGGCAUGAUCUGCACAGCAAAAUUGAAGGUCCAGCAGCAUAUGAUGUUUUGACCAAUUUUGAGGAGCGAUGGAGGAGAGCUUCAAAACCUCACGGGAUAAAAAAGUUGAAAUCAUAUGAUGAUGCUUUGCUGCGUAUUGAAAGAAUUCAUGACAUAAUUGGAAUUUCUGAAGCAUACUGUAACUACGAAGAUGAUCCUGAAUCAUGGCAUGUGCAGAUUUUUCGUUCAAUUGAUUCAAGUUCUGUUAAAGAUUUCCCGAAGGACCCAAAAGAUGCCCCAAGCAAGAACCUCGUAUGUGGAAAGAAUGUGCUGAUUGACAUGAGUAUACACACAGCAUACGUGAAAGCCAUUCGAGCUGCCCAACACUACAUUUAUAUAGAGAACCAAUAUUUCAUUGGAUCAUCCUUCAAUUGGAAUUCAAACAAAGAUAUAGGUGCCAACAAUUUGAUUCCAAUGGAAAUUGCGCUAAAGAUUGCUGAUAAAAUCAGAGGAAAUGAGAGGUUUGCUGCAUAUAUUGUCAUCCCCAUGUGGCCUGAGGGCGUCCCAACUGCUGCUGCCACUCAGAGAAUACUAUUUUGGCAGCAAAAAACCAUGCAAAUGAUGUAUGAGGUCAUUUACAAGGCCUUGAUGGAGGUUGGUCUUGAGGAGGCAUUCUCUCCUCAAGACUAUUUGAACUUCUUCUGCCUGGGAAAUCGUGAGGAUGUGGAUGGAAAUGAUCCUUUAUCUUCUGGAAGCCCUAGUGCAGAAAACUCCCCUCAGGCACUUAGUCGAAAAAGCAGAAGGUUUAUGAUAUAUGUUCACUCCAAAGGCAUGAUAGUUGAUGACGAGUAUGUGAUUUUGGGAUCUGCUAACAUCAACCAGAGAUCCAUGGAAGGAACUAGAGACACUGAGAUUGCUAUGGGAGCCUAUCAACCUCAUUAUACAUGGGCAAAGAAGCGUUCACGUCCUCGUGGGCAGAUCUAUGGAUAUAGGAUGUCGUUGUGGGCGGAGCAUACAGGAACGAUGGAAGAGUGUUUCAAUGAACCGGAGAGCCUGGAAUGCGUGAGAAGAGUUAGAACAAUGGGAGAAUUAAACUGGAAACAGUUUGCUGCAGAUGAGGUAACAGAGAUGAGAGGACACCUUCUGAAGUACCCUGUUGAAGUUGAUAGAAGAGGGAGAGUAAAAUCCCUUCCUGGACAUGAAAAUUUUCCAGACGUAGGAGGAAAAAUAGUUGGUUCAUUUCUUGGGAUUCAGGAGAACCUGACUAUCUAAAUAACCUCUGGUUGUAUUCAAGACCUAACGAACGAGAGCCCUCUAGUUUCAAGCUCUGCAAAGUUUUGUUAGUAACUAUUAAGGAGAAUGAAGGGAGAAUUUAUAUACACAGAAUGGCCAUCUCUUUCUCCCGUCUUCUUGGGAGUGGCCUUUGUAACCCUCAUCCAUGUGGUUUUGUUUUUAAUGUUAAUAAUAUCUGUUAUUUGGAA